AUGACCAAAAAUGAUUUUGUAUCAUUCUUUCAAUAGUUUUUACUGAGAUACAAGUUUAGACUGAUAGGUCUAUAAUUAAUAGCUUUUAAUCUCCUUUUUUAAAUAUUGGUGCAUCUUUCCAUAUUUGCGUUAUUGAACUGCUUUCAAGGACUUUUUUAAAAAUAGAUGUUUUGAAAUUGGAAAGCUAGCUUUCUUAAAUGCUCUUGGACAUAAUUCAUCUGGACCUGAUGAUUUAGAUGUGUUAGAUUAAAGAGGUAUGUUUUGAUAUUUUUUGGACUUAGAUCAAUAUUGUUUGAAAGUAAAUUUUUAUUAUUUAAUAAUAAAAAUUUACUUUCAAACAAUAAAUUUCAAAAAAGGGUAUAAAGGCUCUUGAUGUACAUGGGAGAGGAGCAAAACACAUAGAGCGAUUGCCUAAAGAGGGUUAUUUUGUUUCGUUUAAAGAAACUUUGCAAUCAGUACCACAGAAGCCUAUCUCAUCAAAACAAUGUAUUAUUUCAGAUAUGCUUCAAAAGGAAGCAGUUUUGAAAGCAGAGUUAAUUUGGUCUUUAGAUAUUGUUCAAAGCAAAUACUCUUUUAGAUCAAGUGAGAAUAAGUCUAAACAAUUUGCUUCCAUGUUUCCAGAUAGCAAAAUUGCCAGUGACUUUUUGAUGAAUGUCUUUUUAAUGAGUCUUAUAAUAAAAUUGUAAAGAAAGGUCAAAUGGACUUACAUGUGCGAUAUUGGAAUGAAGAGAGUAAUACUGUUUGCACAAGAUAUUAUACUUCAGAGUUCAUGGGAAAAGCUGCAGCCCCAGAUAUUCUAAAUAUGUUUAAAUCCUGCAUGACUGGUUUAAAUGCUGAAAAAAUGCUUCAGGUUUCUAUGGAUUGCCCUAAUGUAAAUAAACUGUUUUUGGAAAUGCUCAACAAAGAACGUCAUAACAAUGAAUUAAGUACACUCAUCGAUAUUGGUACCUGUGGUUUACAUACUAUCAAUGGAUCCUUACAAACUGGUGCUAAAGCUACUGAUUGGAACUUAAAGAAGUUAAUGUCUUCAUUGUACCAAAUAUUUCAUGAAAGUCCAUCAAGAGCAAGUGAUUAUGAAAGAAUAGCUGAGGCAACAAGUUCAGAUUUUCCUUUAAUGUUUUGUGAUAUUCGAUGGGCUGAAAAUCAAAGUGUUGCCAAGAAAGCAAUAGAGGUUUGGUUAAAAGUAGUAUUAGUUGUUGACUACUGGAAGUCUUUACCAAAAAGUAAGCAACCUGGAUGUGGUAAAUCAGGACAAAACACCAGCUUUGAACAUUUAAGUUCUCGAACAAAUGAAGUUUUAGUUCCUUUAAAGUCAAAGUUUUUUGAAGAAAUUAGUGGCAGUCUAAAUGCAUUCCUUGUUUCUUUUCAAACUGAUAAACCAAUGACUCUUUUUCUGGUGGUGACACUUGAAGAACUACUACACAACUUUUAUGCAAAGUUCAUUCAAUUAGAUGUUCUUUUAAAUGCCAAAACUACAACAUCUUUGUUAAAAAUAGAUUUGUUUAAUUUCGCAAACUGGCUUUCAACCAGCCAAAUUGAUGUUGGUUUUUCAUUGAAGUAUAAUUUCCAGCAACUUAAAGGGAUCCCAAACUCCCAACACAUGUUGUGUUCAUAUUAAAGAU